CCCACCCACGCCUGUGUUUCCAUGGUCAGCCCUCCUGCCUAUGUGUGCCAAAAGCCCAGGGAGUGACAUAUGCAUAAAACAAAACAAGUGUGCAAUUUUGUUUCUGCAAGCAUUCUUUUUGGUGUGUGAUUCUGCCAUAUUUAUCAUCUCACCUCCCAGGAAAACUAUGCUGCGUUUGACUGCCAGGCGUGUAGGGGGACUUCUGUCCAGACGGGCAGUGGCUGCAUUCAGCUCUAGCAGUGCCAGGAUGGCCAGCCAUGGGCAUGAGGUGACAGAGCAGGCGGACAUGUCUCUGCCCAUGUACUGGGACCGUCUGGACACUCCUCUACCAGACAGACCGUACCAGGACACCCUCAGUGCUGCAGACAAGAGCCUGAAGCAGAAGGAGAAAGGACCCUGGAACAACCUCUCUAAAGAGGAAAAACUUGCCCUGUAUAGGCUGAUGUUUAAAGAGACAUAUGCAGAGAUGAAGAAACCAUCCAGUGAGUGGAAGACGGUGGUUGGUGGAAUCUUUUUCUUCAUUGGGUUCACUGGCCUGGUUGUUCUCUGGCAAAGGAUCUUUGUGUAUCCCCCUCAUCCUCACACCCUUGAUGAUGAGUGGCAGGCUAUGCAGGUGAAGAGGAUGCUGGACAUGCGGGUGAACCCUGUGGAAAGCUUCUCAGCCAAGUGGGACUAUGAGAAGGGCCAGUGGAAAUAAAUGAAGAGAACAGCUGAGCUUCACACGUCCAAAUCUUGCUAUUUCCACCAGUCACCUUUGGUAGUCGUCAUAUAUUACUGUGAUGUCCAUCCCUUAUUUGACCAUAAGAAUGUUACCCAGAGGGAAACAGCGUAAAUAAUGUUUGAUAGAGUAGAUCAGGGCACUAAAACAGUCGACUGUGUUGAAUGAAUCACAACUGUCUAAUCUUUACUAAAGUACAACUUAAAAGAAAACAAUUUUUUUUUUGUAUCUUCAUAUUGUUUCAAUGAGAAACAUAAGAGAGGAAACACUCAUAUUAAUGACCACAAGAUUUGAUGACAAGUUUUUUUAAUUCAAAUGGGUCUUUAUUUAAGUUCAAUGAUAUCAGACAUUUAAAAAAUUCCUAAGACAUAAAACAAUGAAUUCAGGGAUGAAGCUGUUCAAAUAAACCCAAAACCUUAAAAAAAUA